AUUUUUCUCUAUCAAUUUUUUCAAUUGGACGAUUUUGUCCUUGCUCCCUUUUCAUAACCUUCUUUACUUUUCAUCUCCAAAUAAGGCCUUGGAAAUCAAAACUUUAGCCCUAGCCCUAGCUCUUUUAGGUCCAAUUAGGGUUUUCUUUCUUUCUUUCUUUUUCCUUUUCGAUUUUCCCCAAUUUUGAAGCUCAAAACUCGAACAUCUAGCUCGAAACUUUGAACUUUGAGCAAGCUCAAAGCCCAUUAACUUCGUCUUCCACCUCCAGUUUCUGUUGCAGGAAAAAAAAUCGUCUUUUUUUUGAAAAAAAAAUCGGAAUUGUUCUCGCGGUUAUUCUUUUCGUUUACUUCAAUUCAGAUCCGUUAAUCGAGGAUUAUGGCUUCUAUGGAUAUAGACUCUCCAACAACUACUAGUAUGGCCAUUACUCCUGUAUUUCCUACUGAUAACAAUGAAGCACCCAUUUCUGAAGAGCAGCCGAAUAAACGUAGGAGAAAGAAGUCUAUUGUCUGGGAGCACUUCACAAUAGAAACUGUUGGUGCUGGUUGUAUGAGGGCAUGCUGCAAGCAAUGCAAGAAAUCUUUUGCCUAUAUAACUGGUUCAAAGUUAGCAGGAACCAGCCACCUCAAGCGACACAUUGCCUUGGGGAUCUGCCCAGUAAGCCGUCAGAAAAAUGAAGCAUUGCAAUCCACAUCAGGUGCAAAAACUGAUCCUCCUAAACGACGCUACCGAACAAGUCCUGUAUUUGGAGGCAUUCCCUUUGAUCAGGACCGUUGCAACCAGGAGGUAGCUAAGAUGAUUAUACAGCACGAGUAUCCACUGCACAUAGUGGAACAUCCUGCUUUCAUUGACUUUGUUCGGACUCUUCAGCCCCAGUAUAAUAUGGUGAGUUUCAACACUAUUCAAGGGGAAUGCGUGGCGUUGUACCUGAGGGAAAAGCAAAGCCUUUUGAAUCUUAUUAAUGGGAUUCCUGGACGAGUCAGUCUUACAUUGGACUUGGGGACUUCAAACCUUAAUAUUGGUCAUGCUUUUUUAACAGGACACUUCAUUGAUGAUGAUUGGAAUUUACAUCGCCGGCUCCUUAAUGUUGUCAUGUUACCUUUUCCUGAUUCGGAUUAUGCCUUCAACCAAGCUGUUGUAUCUUGCCUAUCUGACUGGCAAUUGGAGAACAGACUGUUUACUUUAACGCUUGACCAAUCCUUUUCAAAUGAAACCGUAAUAGGAAAUCUCAGAGGCCUCCUAUCUACUAGGAACCCGCAUAUGUUCAAUGGUCAAUUAUUGAGAGGCAAUUGCUAUGCUCGUGUUUUAAGCCGUCUUGCUCAAGAUGCACUUGGAGCUAUGGGGGAUGUUAUCAGGAGGAUCCGUGAAAGUGUGAAGUAUGUAAAAACCUCUGAAACACACGAGGAGAAGUUUGCAGAACUGAGGCAACGACUCCAAGUCCCUAGCUCAAAAGAACUUAUCAUUGAUGAUCAAACCAAGUGGAACACAACUUACCAAAUGCUGUUGGCUGCCUGUGAAUUAAAGGAAGUAUUUGCUUGCUUGGAUACCACUGACCCUGUUUACAAGAUAAACCCAUCAAUGGAUGACUGGAAGCAGGUGGAAAUUGUCUGCACAUACUUGAAGCUUUUGUAUGAUGCAGCAAGCAUUUUAACUGGCCCAACAUAUCCACCUGCUAAUGCAUUCUACCAUGAAGUUUCCAAAGUCCAAUUAGAGCUGACGCAUGCAGCGUUGAGCCAGGACCCCUUUGUCAGCAACCUGGCCAGACCGUUGAAAGAGAAGUUUGAUCAAUAUUGGAAGGAAUGUUUCCUUGUUUUUGCCAUUGCUGUAGUCAUGGAUCCAAGGUUUAAAAUGAAGCUUGUUGAGUUCAGUUUCUCUAGGAUCUUUGGUGAGGAUGCUGGCAUGUGGAUCAAGAUUGUUGAUGACGGAAUUCAUGAACUAUUUCUCGAAUAUCUUGCACCAAAUCUAUCUGUACCAACAGCUUAUAUGGAAGUAGAGCAUGCAAACAUCUCUCAUUCAGAAAUUUUUCAUGAAAUGCCACCUCAAGGAGUAGCCCCUCUGGAAGCACACUUCGAAGAAGCUCCCCUUCAAGUGGUACACCCUGCACAUGGUGCUCCUCAAGAAGCAAACCCUCAGGGAGCAACCCUUGAAGAGGUACAGCCUGAGGAAGUGAUUCCUGUAGUUGACCCUAAAGAAGAACCUCCAGAAGAUGCAUUUCCUCAAGUGAUGCACAAUGAAGAAGUAUCCCAACAAGAGAUGUGCACUCGAGAUGUACAGGAGAUGGUCACUCAUGAAGUACCCAUGCAGGACGUGCAUUCUCAAGAAUUACCACAAAAUGAGAUGCAUAAUCAAGAAGUACCAGUACAAGAGACACAUAUAUCAGAAGUAUCACCACAAGAGAUGCAAACACAAGAAGAGUCUACUCUGGAAAAGCAAACUCAAGAAGUACUGACUCAAGAGAUUCAAGCUCAAGAAGAACCAACACAAGAAGUAUUGGCUCGAGAGAUUCAAGCUCAAGAAGAAUCAACUCAAGAAGUUGUGGCUCGAGAGAUUCAAGCUCAAGAAGAACCAACUCAAGCAGUACUGAAUCAAGAGGUUCAAGCUCAAGAAAGACCAACUCAAGAGAUGCAUGCUCAAGAAGAAACAGCUCAAGAGAUGCAUGCUCAAGAAGAAACAGCUCAAGAGAUGCAUGCUCAAGAAGAAACAGCUCAAGAAAUGCAUGCUCAAGAAGUACUGACCGAAGAGAUGCAUGCUCAAGAAGUGUCGACUGAGGAGAUUCAUCCUCAAGGACAGAAUGAAGAGAUGCAUCCUGAAGGAGAACAGACUGAAGAGAUGCACCCUGAAGGAGGACAGACUGAAGAGAUGCACCCUGAUGGAGGACAGACUGAAGAGAUGCAUCCUGAAGCAGGACAGACAGAAGAGAUGCAUCCUGAAGGAGGACAGACUGAAGAGAUGCACCCUGAAGGAGGACAGACUGAAGAGAUGCACCCGGAAGGAGGACAGACUGAAGAGAUGCACCCUGAAGGAGGACAGACUGAAGAGAUGCAUCCUGAAGCAAGACAGACUGAAGAGAUGCACCCUGAAGGAGGACAGACUGAAGAGAUGCAAUCUCAAGAAGAGAUGCAUCCUGAAGGAGGACAGACUGAAGAAAUGCACCCUGAAGGAGGACAGACUGAAGAGAUGCAAUCUCAAGAAGAGAUGCAUACUGAAGGAGGACAGACUGAAGAGAUGCACCCUGAAGGAGGACAGACUGAAGAGAUGCAUUCUCAAGAAGAGAUGCACUCUCAAGGACGAGAUGAAGAGAUGCAGCCUCAGGAGAUGCGUCCUCCAGGAGAGACUCAGGAUAUCCACCCUGCAGAAGCACAGAACCAGGAGAUGCACCCUUCUGAGGCACACAACCAGGUGAUGCACCCUCCUGAGGCAGAGAACCAGGAGAUGUACCCUACAGCAGCAGAGACUCAGGAAAUGCACCACCGUACAGAAGCAAAGACCCAGGGGAUGCACCACCCUGCGGAAGUGCAGACUCCACAUAUGCACUCUCAAGAAUCCCAGACUCUUGAGAUGCAACCUCAAGAAUCAGAGUCUCAAGAGAUGCAUCUUCAAGAAGUACAGGUCCAUGAGAUGUACCACCCUCAAGAAGCAGAGACUCUUGAGAUGCAACCUCAAGAAGCAGAGUCUCAAGAGAUGCAUCUUCAAGAAGUACGGAUCCACGAGACAUACCAUCAAGAAAUUCCAAGUCAACAGAUGCACUCUCAAGAAGUACAGAUCCAUGAGACACACCAUCAUGAAAUUGCAAGUCAGGAGUUGCACUCUCAGGAAUUACAGACUCAAGAGAUGCACUAUCAGUCAUUCUCUGACGCGAUGCAGCCUCAUGAAGUACACACUCAAGAUCUACCUCUGCUUACUAUUGGAGAUGGACUUUCGGAUUUUGAGGUAUAUAUCUCUGAGAUCACAAAUAGCCAACAUCUGAAAUCUGAAUUGGAUCAAUAUCUGGAGGAGUCACUUUUGCCUCGGGUGCAAGAGUUUGAUGUACUGGGUUGGUGGAAACUAAACAAGCUUAAGUACCCAACUCUCUCCAAGAUGGCUGCUGAUAUUCUGUCAAUACCAGUAUCUACUGUUGCUCCCGACUCUGUUUUUGACACUGGAAAUAAAAAGAUAGAUGGCUACCAGAGUUCAUUGCGACCUGUGACACUUGAAGCCCUUGCUUGUGCUAAGGAUUGGUUCCAAUAUGGAUCAGGAUCAUCGUUGGAGAUAUCUAAUGCACUUGUGAAAAUGGAAUUUUAAGUAUAUAGGAUUUUAUUUUCUUCCCAGGGCAUAGAUACUUGGAUUCAGUUUCAUUUUUAGGCUUUUGUCUUUAGCUUCUUUUUUGUGCUUGAACUGUUUUCAUUAGAUAAAAGUUACUUGUGAAAUCUAAAGAGAGGGUUUUUGUGGACCCUCUUGUCUUAAACAGGAAAACUACCAAUAUUUCUUGCAAGAGAUCAAAGUUAUGAUGGAUUUCACAGGAGUAAUGCUUUUAGGGCAUGAAAGCCUCAAACAUGUUGGAAUUUUGUAAUGGAUUAAUUGUUUAAGGGGAUUGAUUUAAAUAAAUUUUAGGUGUAGAGGCCGAAGAGAGAGAUGUCUGUUUUUGGCUUAAUUCUUUAA